AUGGAGGAGGGAGAGAAAGGAAGAGUAUGUGUAACGGGUGGUUCAGGGUUUAUAGGGUCUUGGCUGGUCAUGAGGCUCCUUGAUCAUGGCUACUCUGUCAACACCACUGUCAGAUCAGACCCAGAGAACAAGAAAGAUGUAAGCUUCCUCACAAGUCUACCAGGAGCAUCGGCACGGCUAAAAAUUUUCAAUGCGGAUCUCAGAAACCCAGAAAGUUUCAAUGCAGCCAUUGAAGGAUGCAUCGGAUUGUUCCAUGUUGCUACUCCAGUUGACUUCCAAGAUAAGGAACCUGAAGAAGUGGUGACCAAAAGAUCAAUUGAUGGAGCCCUUGGCAUUCUAAAGGCAUGCUUAAAUUCGAAAACUGUGAAACGAGUUGUAUACACCUCGAGCGCAUCUGCUGUCAUGUUCGGCAGCAGGGAUGAUGUAGAGGAACUGGAUGAGAGCUUUUGGAGUGACAUAGAUUACAUCAAAGCUGUCAAGCCAUAUGGAGGCUCAUACAUGAUUUCAGAGACAUUAACUGAAAGGGCAGUUCUUGAAUUUUCAGAGAAACAUGGAUUGGAUGUUGUGACAGUAAUUCCUUCUUUUGUUGUUGGCCCCUUUAUUUGUCCAAAGCUCCCCGGCCCUGUUCAAACCUCUUUGUCUAUGGCCUUUGGUGACUUUGAUCAACUUAGCUUUAUCAUCAAUGCAUCUGUGGUGCAUGUGGAUGAUGUUGCCAGAGCACACAUUUUCCUUUUUGAACAUCAUGAGGCAAAAGGGAGAUACAAUUGUUCUGCAGAUGUCAUAACAAUUGUACAAAUAGCUGAAUUAAUCUCUGCAAAAUACCCGGAAGCUCGAAUACCCUCAGCAGAUGAUUUAAGUAGAGUUGAAGGUCCGAAAUUACCCGGUCUGUCAUCUAAGAAGCUAUUGGAUUCUGGUUUCAAAUUCAA